AUGCCCAAGAGGUUGAUCGAUACUCUCGAGCAGGAAUACAACGAAUACAACGAUCUGAUUAGCGGAUGGAAAGGAGCAGGUUUGAAUCCAUUUAGUCCUCGUCAAGUUCUAAAUAAUCUUCCAACCCCGCUUUUACCACCACCUUCCACUCCAAAUACACCAGCAAAUCCAGAAGAUCUAGAUCUUUCUUUGCUUAAUAGCUCUUCCCCGAAUGAUAUUGAGCUGCGACAAGCAAAUAAGGUACUCAAUUCAGCUUUAUCCGCUAAUAAUCUGCUUACUUCUCCAGUACAGAGAUAUGCAAAGCGAAUUACCCAUCAGAUUGAAAGCUUAAAUGCUGAAAAUGCUAUUCUUCGAAAGGAACUUCAAGAAUAUAAAGAGUUACUUGAGACACGAAAGAAACGAAAAAAUGGAAAGAGAAUAAAAUUAAAAGGUGAAUUUGUAUUUAGUACUGAAGAAGUAUUGAAAAUCAUCGAGGAGGCUGAACAGACACCCUUGCCUAAACGACGACAUGGUAGACCAUCUAAGCGUCAAAUUGAUCAAGUAGAAGAAGAGAUGGAAGAAGAAGAGGAUAAUGAUAGUUCAGUUGGAUCAGUGAUAGUUGUGGAUCACCCUGUAGCAUGUAGGACAAGGUCAAAUAGGAAAAUAUGA